GCUGGGCAUGCGCAGUGAUGGAGGUGCUGGUUUGAGAAGAAUGAUUGCUGACGAUGAGGAGGUCCUGGGUGUUUACUAUCAGCAGGACAGUGUAUUCCUGGAAAGUGGAUAUUCUGCCUCAAACAGCUUGUAUCCUGGUCAGGAAGAUAAUGACACCGCUUCGGAAAAGCUUCUGGAGGAGUGGGCACUUCCUACAGCCCCUGUGAGUGGCUCAGUGAAGGGUCUGAACGAGAGUGAAUCCGAAGACAUGUUCCAGACAAUGAUUAAUCCAAAUGAGGUUCUGAGCAGCUCAAUGACCACCCUCGAAGCAGCUUCAGAGACAGACAGUGGAAUUUCAGAUGACCACCGUCCAGAGACACCUCAGCCAACUGAGCAGGGACCUGACACUGGGGCAGGGCAGAGCACGCUCUACCAGCUCGUAUACGGAGUCAGCAACAUCAAAACCCAGGGAGCAGCCAGUCCCAGUGACCUGGUCUCCAUUGAGCUCGGGGGCUGGAAUACAGCAAUGCUGCUCCCUGACGCCUGUAUUGUGGACAGUGCGACUGUUGUAACGGGCUGUGUGAAAAGACCACUCAGUGUGACGGACAGUGACAGUGAAACUGCUGACUGUCUCGGGCCUUACCCUGAUCUGAUACUGACUGAGGAGGAGAAGCGACUGCUCACUCAGGAGGGUAUCGUGCUGCCCAAUAACCUACCCCUGACCAAGGCUGAAGAGCGGAUUCUGAAGAAGGUCCGGAGAAAGAUCCGGAACAAACAGUCAGCGCAAGAGAGUCGCAGGAGGAAGAAGGAAUACAUCGACGGCUUGGAGAGCAGGUGGGGGUCAUGA